CACCGGGCCAAACACCGCCCUUCGCUCCUAUAGAUGCCAGGCAGGUAGCAGAGAGGCCGUCAUCCCCGUGGGAAUGAUUCCAGAACCCUCCCGGGGGAGCAGGCUGGGACAACAAGAGGCCCCGGGGGGACAGGCACUAAGAAGGGGCACGGGCUGCCCAGGCUCUCCUUCCUCUGGGGCACUGCGGUCAUGGCCUUGGGCAGACGGCCCCUCCUGCUGCUGACCCUCAGCCUGGGCCUGGCCGGGGCCCAGAAGAGCCCAGAAGACGUGCCGGUGCAGCCAGGCUUUGACGCCCGGAAGGUGGAGGGGCGCUGGCUGACCAUCCAGCUGGCCGCCAGCCGGGCACACCUGGUCUCCCCGGCCGACCCCCUGCGGCUCGCUCUCCGCUCCAUCUGGACCCGGGGCCAGGACGUGGAGCUUGUCUUGUUCGGAAUAGGAGAGGGGCUGUGCCAAGGACUCAGUGUCAUCGUCCAUCCGACGGGGCUCCGAGGCCAGUACCGAGGCCCCCUGGAAGGCGGUGGCUCCCUGCUCCUGCACUUCGUGAGCACUGACUACAGCCACCUCAUCCUUUACGUCCGCUUCCAGGACGGCGGCGAGGCCACCAGCCUGUGGGCACUGCUGGCCAGAAGACACCUGGAGGACCCCCAGUGGCAGGGGCGGUAUCUUGAGUUCGUUUCCAAGUUCCAGCUGCAGGAAGCGCCUGUCUUCAACCUUGACGACCCCGAUGCCCAGUGCCCCCCACCCGAAGCCUAGCUCGGGGCCGCCCGAGUUUCCCUGCCAGCCCCCGCCUGCCCCACUGUCCUCCCUCCCUCCCUGCUGCACCCCCACUCGCCCAAGUGCCUUUGAACCCCUCUGCCAUCUGGGGGAGCCUCUCCAACCCUGAGCCUGGCCCCUCCCUCCUCGCUGCGGGUCACCAGCUCCUGCCGACCAAAAACUAAGGGGCCCGCGGCCUCUCCCAGUCCGGCCCACGGGCUGGAGAACUCUGCACGUUGGGAGGGGCCAGCAGGUGGCCCCUCAAGCUCCCGCCACAGUGGGCACAGCGUCACAGUCCGGUGGAUGGAGCCACCUCCAGGGCUUCGCAGUGGCUCCCCGCCCAGCCAGAGGGGCACUAAGCAACCCCGGCACCGGCCCACGCUCCCCAGAAGAGCCAGGUCAGCCCCUGCCAAGCACUUGCAUGGCAGGUGAGCCAAGACAACUCUCUGCCCGCUCCUCAGAGUCAAGGCCCCACAAGGUGGUGCCUGGAUGGAAGCCCCCAGCCGGGGCGAGCCAGGGGCCACCUGCCAGCAGGGCUGGCUCUUAGGAAACCAGGUCAGGGGUUUCCCAACCUGGGAAUGCCAGAGACAGGUAGGACCAGCUCCUGCCCCAGGAACACCCUUGGCAAGAGCAAGGCUUCCCAGGAGGCCACACAUUGCCAUGGGCCAUCCACCACGGCCACCGCGUGAGGCCAGCACAACAGCGGCAACCCCACCAGCCACCUGUGUGGACUCUACCUGCGGCUCAUGCAGAAGCUGGGGGUGCACGUGCUCAAAACACAGCCGCUUCCCGACAAACCAGCAGCCCCAUAAGAAACAUACAAGGGUAGGAGCUCCUGCUGCAGCUCCGUGGGUUAAGAACCCAACUAGUAUCCAUGAGGACUCAGUUCAAUCCCUGGCCUCCCUCAGUGGGUUAAGGAUCCGGUGCUG